AUGAACACCAUAGACUGCCCCAUCCCGCAAGCCGAGCUCGACGAGAUCUGCGCCUUUGCAAUCGACGUCGCCCGUAAAGCAGGCCAGCUCCUGCUUGAGCGCAUCUACGAGCGCAACGCUGACCAGGUCUAUGCGGAGAAGGAGAAUGCGGUAGACUUGGUGACGCAGACUGACGAGGACGUCGAGGCCCUCAUCAAAACCGCUAUCCAAGCCAAAUAUCCGACCCACAAAUUCAUCGGCGAGGAGAGCUACGCGAAAGGCCAGAGCAGAGAGUACCUGAUCGAUGCGCAGCCGACAUGGUGCGUCGAUCCGCUAGAUGGAACCGUAAACUUCACCCACGCCUUCCCCAUGUUCUGCGUCUCGAUCGGCUUCAUCGUAAACCACUACCCCGUGAUCGGCGUGAUCUACGCGCCAAUGCUAAACCAGCUUUUUUCGUCAUGCCUCAACCGCGGCGCAUGGCUGAACGAAACGCAACAGCUCCCUCUCAUCCGCAAGCCCUCUAUCCCGCCUAUGCCGGCGACCGCGCCAUCGAAGUGUAUUUUUGCGUGCGAGUGGGGGAAGGAUCGGCGCGAUAUCCCGGACGGCAAUCUGCAGAGGAAGAUUGAGAGUUUUGUGAAUCUGGCGUCGGAGCGCGGCUCGAGGGGUGGGAGGGGAGGUAUGGUGCAUGGGGUUCGGAGUCUGGGGAGCGCGACGAUGGAUCUUGCGUAUACGGCUAUGGGGUCUGUGGAUAUUUGGUGGGAGGGGGGUUGUUGGGAGUGGGAUGUUGCGGCCGGCGUUGCGAUCUUGCUUGAAGCUGGAGGUUUGGUUACGACGGCGAAUCCGCCACAGGAUAUAGAUGGACCGAUUGCGCCGGUUAAUCUGGGGAGUCGGCUGUACUUGGCUAUUCGGCCCGCUGGACCUUCAGAUACAGAGACAGGACGAGAGACGCAGGAGCGAACAGUUCGAGAAGUCUGGCGUCGCGUCCGCCAGCUAGAAUACACUAGACCAACAUUACAAUCAUAG